UAAACAAAUAUUUUGUUUUUGUUUUUUGUUGUAGUAAAAUAAUUUAGAUUGCAGAGAAAAGUUCUCUAAUAAAAUGUUUAUGUUUUUUAACGCACACUCCUUUGAUUUGGAGGAAGAACCGCGUGUUAUACGUAGACGUUUAAGGGAUAACACAAAUGUGCUGGAUUUACCAAAUAAGGAAUUUGUCAACCAAUUUCGCGUGAGUAAAGAGGUUUUUAAGAAUAUUUUAUUAGAAAUAGCUCCCAAAAUGGAAAAAAAGUUCCGAUGCACAUCUAUACCAGAAAUGACCAAAUUAGCUUGUUUCUUCCGUGCUCUUGCUGGGAAAUAUCAAAUGAAUGUUGGCACAAAUUCAUAUACUUGUGUAUCACAAGGCAUGACUUCAAAAAUCGUGGGCGAGUGUUUGGAAAUUUUUGAAGAUUCAUUUUGCGGCAAGUGGAUAUGUUUAGAAAUGAAUGCAAAGGAGGAAUCUGAAACUAAACAAGCAUUUUACAGAAGCACUGAAGUACCUAAUAUAAUUGGUUCUGCUGAUUGCACCCACAUACCAAUAAAGCGUCCCACAGUUGAAGUAAGACAUUUAUACCAGAAUAAAAAAGGAUCGUUUAGUAUAAAUACGCUAAUGAUUUGUGAUGCAAACUUGGUGGUGCGAUAUGUGGAUGCAAGAACGCCGGGUAAAAAUGAUGAUGAAUUCGUUUGGCUUCAAAGUGGUGCAAAUGCGUAUUUGAAAUCGUUGUAUGAUGCCGGAAAACGAAAUUUCUGGAUUAUAGGCGAUUCUAGCCUGCCACUACAACCGUAUUUGAUGACACCGUAUCAUAAUCCCACUGAGACUUAUGAAACUAUUUACAACGAGAAACUGCUUAAAGCACAGAAAUUCAUAGAAAAAUGUUUCAACACUAUUAAGAAUAGAUUCCGUUGUAUAGCGGAUGGCAAAGCGGUAUAUUAUCUGCCGGAGAAAGCAACUAAAAUAAUUAAUGUUUGUUGUGCAAUUCAUAAUGCGUGUAUAUUUUAUAAAGAUAAUUUGGAAUUCGGUAAGACAAUAGCUAUGAAUUUAAAGAAUGACAAUUGUUAUAGUAGCACAGAGUUUGAAAGCGAUAUCCAUGCAACGGAGGAAACUUUAAAAAUAAGAAAAAAAUUAGCUAAAAGUUUGAAAAAUUCCAAAGAUUGACCAUAAAGUGAAAAUGAUGUUAAUAAGUUAAAAAAAAAAGACUAAAUAUUAUGUAUUUUGGUAAUCUCAAAACUUGUAUUAUGUUAACUUUUAUAAAUAAUAUUACUUAACACCUAUUAAAAAAUAAAAACUCUUUUCAAAGUGAAAAAUA